AUGAAUAGCCUGGCCACGCCUCCCGUCCCUCCUCACUUCCAUGAACACUCUCGUCUCUCUCCCAACAGAUCGAUGUCGGCUUCUACUCCUUCUCGGAAACGAAAAGCCUCACCCUCGCCCGAUCGAGACGAUGAAAUGUCAACUUCGCCUUUCCUACCAAACGCCCGGCUUCCUCCUGCUUCUACGCCUGCUUCACGAAAACGAGUCCGUCCAAAUCUGGUUGGCAGGCCUUUAUCAGUGGAAAGACUCCUUGAAACGCUGGACAAGGAUUCUCUGACGUCGGUGCUGAAGACUCUGUGCGAGAGACAUCCAAGCCUUCGAGAUGAGGUUGUCCAAAUCAGCCCUCGACCCAGCAUCCAGAGCACCCUACAAGUCUUGCGUCAAUAUUAUACACGACUGAUGAACUCCUUCCCUCUCGGGCCCAAUCCCCGUUCCGAUUAUUCCUAUGAUCGUGUACGGCCUCAAUGGCACGAACUCCUUGAUGCCCUUACUGAUUUCACCCCUCAUUUUCUGCCGCCAAAUGAACAUCAGUCAUCUACCACGUUGGAGUAUCUGAAUGAUGUUACCCAAAUCAUCCAUGAUCUCCCCGAAUGGGACAACCCACAGCACAAUCUCGCUAAACAGAAUGCCUACGAGGAAAUUUCAAAGGCAUGGGCUAGUGUCAUCAAAGAGGCCAGCAAGAGAGGUGGAGGCUAUCAACUGCAGUUCAAUGGGUGGGAAGACAAACUCCGAGUGCACAAUGAGAAGAGUGGUGGUCGGCUGAGGGAAGCGUAUGAUGAGUUGAUGCAGGCCCUCGGCUGGCUAAGACAAAGUAACCAACCCUCACAACAACAAAGCAUUCGACAACAACUGUUCUCCAACACAUAUGGCAUGGAGCAGCCAAUGAUUCGGACAGGCAACUGGUGA